UAUAGAUAAAUGCCUGCUUUGCCUUGAGUGGAUGAUAACUUAUAGGCCAAGAUGAAGAUCGGGAAUACGUUAAACAUGCGGCAUAGCACGACAAGAUGACUACGCCGGUUUAGUAUAGUGUGCUCUUUACACAUUACGCAGCCAGAUGACGAAUCUUUGAUUAAGCACACCUAUUAUAUCCUAGCUGUCUGUAAAACAAAGUCGGCCUCAUAAAUAUCUCUUGUAAGCUACUUGGAAAUAUAUUUACUAAAUAUUAUUUCCCGUUCUUAAACAUACCUAGGUAUUUAUUAGCCUAUCCGGCAUCACUUAUACAACUUAUACAACUUGAUAGGGAGCAGUUCAGAUCAGACAAUUGCCCAGUUGAGCCAAGGCCCGCGAAUCGGAGGCGGAUGGAAGCACGUCAUCCGACCACCGACAUCCUAAACGGUAACUAAAGUACCCGCUGCGGCUAAGGCACGUCAGUAAGUCGAGCACUUAGGUACAGCACAGCACCUAUCGACAUAGUCCAGAACCUUGAAUUUGGGAAAAGCUGAGACGGGAACUUCCAUACAUAAUUACUUCUAUGAGAUCUUGAUUAUUAUUCAAGGUUUAUCCGUCUCAUUUAUUUUUUUGCAUGCAUUUUCAUACCUCACGUGGUAAUCUUCAGCUUUCCGUUGCUAGGAAUCGUGCUAGGAAUCGGGAUAGAUAGAAAUGGCGACCAACAUAACCUGGCACCCCUCCCUCUCGCGCCGCGAGCGCAUCGCCCUCCGCGGCCAGCGCGGCUUCACGCUGUGGUUCACCGGGCUCAGCGCCUCAGGUAAAUCGACCGUCGCGACCGCGCUAGAGCAGCACCUGCUGCACCUGAACGUCGCCGCGUACCGCCUCGACGGCGACAACGUGCGCUUCGGGCUGAACAAGAACCUCGGCUUCAGCGACGCCGACCGCCAGGAGAACAUCCGCCGCAUCGGCGAGGUCGCCAAGCUGUUCGCCGACAGCGCCCAGGUCGCCAUCACCUCCUUCAUCUCCCCCUUCCGCGCCGACCGCCAGCUCGCCCGCGACCUCCACGCCGCUGCCGCUGCCGCUGCCGCCGACGGCGACGUCCCCAUCCCCUUCGUCGAGGUCUAUGUCGACGUGCCCAUCGAGGUUGCCGAGCAGCGCGAUCCGAAGGGCUUGUAUAAGAAGGCCCGCGCGGGUGAGAUCAAGGAGUUCACUGGGAUUAGCAGCCCUUAUGAAGCUCCUGAGAAUCCCGAGAUUACCAUCCGUACGCAUGAGAACUCUGUUGAGGAGUGUGUUUUGCAGAUUGUCAAGUGGCUCGAGGAGAAGGAUUUGAUUCCUACCAAGACUACUACGGCUACGGCUGCUGAUGCCGCGGGAAAUUCCGGCAUUGCUGCUCUUGCUUCGUGAGAGGUGCUGGUUAGUAGAAAAUAGGAGAAUGGGUGCUUAGUCUAAAGCUGGUACGGAUGUGAGCUACAAUUCAUCACGAAGUGAAAGGCAAAUCGCUAUUUAGAAGUGAGGCGAAACACGUAGAGUCGAGCAAUAGAUAUCAACCGUUCCGAAGACA